AUGCGGGCGAUGACUACGAUUGUCAGGCGACUUUUUCCGGUUCGGAGUGCGCACGUCUGCAUCGCGUUCGGUGAUUGGAGCUGCCAGGAUGGUCUUCGUGGAAGCUUAAGAGCUACAGUAAAAGCACUAAAGAGAGAGCUAGAACGGUGGGCGACAGUGCUGCCCGUGGACGGGUUUCGUACCAGUAAGAUGGGCUCCUGUUGCCACGAGCGCCUCCAUCCAGCUCGAAACGUAUUGUGCUGCAAAAACAGUCGAUGCAAGGCCCACUUCUGGAAUUGGGACGUCAAUAUAUAUUGGAUGAAGCUACUUAAAUACAUGCGUUUAGGACUGGGGAGGCUUGCAGCUUUCGAGCCAUGA